AUGGCAUAUGAUCGCUAUGUUGCUAUAGCUAAUCCUCUGCGUUAUAAAAUUAUAAUGAGAUGGAACACAUGUACAAUGCUUUUAGGCAUAACAUGGAUAACUAGCUUUAUAAUAGGCUUUAUAGCAGUUUAUUCUGUUUUCAGGCUCCCAUUUUGUGGCAGACAUAAGAUUGACCAUUUCUAUUGUGAUGUAGGACAGGUUUUGCUCUUGACCUGUUCUAAUACAACAAGCCACAGGCUAAGUGAGUUGAUAACCUUCUUUACUGGGUUUGGCUUGUUUACGAUCCCAUUUCUUCUCCUGGUUACAUCCUAUGUGUAUAUUAUUUCUGCUAUUCUGAAAAUCCGCACUAAUGAGGGCCGACGGAAGGCCUUCUCCACCUGCUCAUCACAUCUCACUGUGGUUGUAGCUGAAUAUGCUUGUCUUGGAUUUAUUUAUUUCCGACCGAGUGAAGCUUAUUCAUUGGAUAAGGACAAGGUAUUUGUAAUUACCUUUACAUUUGUCACUCCUAUAAUAAACCCUGUUGUCUACACUAAGAAGUAUUUGGAUGAAAUCGUGAUAUUCUCUGAGGAUAUAGCAAAUCUCCGCGAGCAUCUAUGUGAAGUGCUUUCUCGACUCAAUGCUAUCCAGUUCUUCUGCAAAUUAGAGAAAUGCUCCUUUAAGCAAAAAGAACUGGCAUUUCUAGGUUACAUCAUUUCGGGCUCUAGUCACCUGAUGGACCCAAAGAAACUCUUCGCCAUUAUCAUUUGGUUUCAUCCAACUACACUCCCAUUACCACAUUCACCAAUAAAGGCCAAGAUAUCAGAAUAUGGCCUCCUGAAGCGGAAGAAGCAUUCUCUAAACUAG